AUGCAGCCCGCCUACCGUCCCCCGUACCCGCCGCAGCAGCAGCAGGUCGCCCAGCGCACGCCGCAUGCCGCUGGCCAACGACGAGGCGGCAUUGGGCCCAUGAUGUCCUCCGGUCCUCACGGCCCCCAUCACCAGGUCCCCAUGACCCAGGCCCAGAUCGCCCAGCAGCAGCAGCAGCAGGCCAUGCAGGUCGAGAUGGCCAAGCGCCGGAGCAAGAAGCCCACCGACAAGAACCUGCCCGACAACCUCGACGACUGCACCAUCGGCGAUGGCGCCGCCAAGUACAGAGACCUCCGCGACUUCGAGAGGAGGCUCGACGCGACCAUGACGAGGAAGAGGCUGGACAUUGUAGACUCGGUCAACCGCAGCGUCAAGCGGUGGAAGACGCUUCGCAUCUGGGUCACCAACACGGCCGAGGACCAGGUCUGGCAGUCCAGCGGCCUCGGCGUCGACUCUUUCGACUUCACGUCCAACUUGGAGCCCACUUACCGUGUCAAGAUCGAAGGCCGCCUGCUGGACGAUGACAACGAUGAGCAGGACAAGGAGGAUGACGAGACCAAGACCGAGACCGACGCCGACAAGAUGGACGAGGACGGCGACUCCAAGGCCAAGCCCGCCACCAAGUCCCCGAGAUACAGGUUUUCGCACUUCUUCAAGUCGUUAAGUGUCGACUUCCCUGCCAACCGGAAAGGCGCGGACCAGGCUGUCGAGUGGAAGAAGCCGGAGCGCGCCGGCAACUCGUCGAACCUCCCUGCCGCCGCAGAUUUCGACGAGUUCACCUUCAAGCGAAGUGGCGACGAGAACCUCAACAUCACCAUCAACCUGUUCCGACACGAGGACCCAGAGAGAUAUGCUCUGACCCCCGAGAUGCAGGAUGUGGUGGACAAGCCCGAGGCUACGCGCCAGGAGGUCGUCAUGGCCAUUUGGGACUACAUCAAGUUCACGGGCCUGCAGGAGGAUGAGGAGAAGCGUAACUUCCGAUGCGACGAGCUUCUCAAGAAGGCACUCGGCGGUAUCGACUCAGGCAACAUCCCUUUGUUGCACAACUACAUCACACCAGCCCUGAAGCCCCUCCCUCCUGUCCAGCUUCCCUACACAAUUCGUGUCGACGAAGAUUUCCACAAAGAUCCUCAGCCCACCGUGUACGAUGUCCGGGUGGUCGUUGACGACCCACUAAGAGAGAAGAUGUCGGCCUUCUUGAGCAAUGCCGGAUACGCUAGCAUGCUCAAAGAGGUCGCGACCAUGGAUGACCAGUUGGCCACCAUCGUACAGGCCAUUCACGUCUCCAAGGCCAAGCACGGUUUCUUGAACUCCCUGAGCGAGGACCCGGCCACCUUUGUCAAGAACUGGCUGAGCUCACAGAAGCGCGAUCUCGACGUUGUCAUGGGCGAGGCCAUGAGGGGUGGCGCCGAAGAAGCCACUGGGGAUGAAUGGAGGAAAGGUGGCAUAGAUAGUGUCUGGGGCACCGUCAACGCAAAGGAGAGCGUCAGCAUGUUGCUGGCAAAGCAACCUCAACACGUGCAACGAUAA